GUAUCUCUUUGAUUUUGUCUUGAAAUAGAUGAGCUGCGCUGUAGAUAGACCCUCCUCCCCAUCCUUUAAAGUUAUCAGGAAGUUUGUUUUUUUAACAGACAGCUGUGAAAGGUGUGUUUCACUUCUCUUUGAAAAGCCUGAGACACAGUUGGACUAACUCUGAAGUCAGGAGCUUGAAGCCUCAGCAUGAUGAGCCGUCCACAGAAAUACAUAGAAGGUGAAGCUCUUCACUCUCAACAUGCAAAAUCAAACAAUGCGUUAAAGCUCAGAGUGGCCGUGCUGGUUGUCUGUGUUCUCCUGGUAUCGGCUCUCGUGGUAACUUAUCUCUUGUUGGAGCUUUUGAAAACCAGGAACAUGCUCAGAAACCUUGAGAUGAAGCAGGAAACUGUAAAAGCUGAUGUCACAGAGAGACCUCCUGAAAUCAAACCAUGUAGUACAGUGCAGCCCACAUGCCCGGAGCCUGAAGUAAAAAUUAUAACACAACCGUGCAGCCCAAUACAAACUACAAGCCCACAACCUCCUGAAAUAAACAUGAUAAAACAAUCACACAGCACGAUACCGACUACAACCCCACAACUUCCUGAUAUAACUAUGAAUGAUCCAUGUUAUAAAUGUGAAGAUGGCUGGAAGCAACAUGGAGGAAAGUGCUAUUACUUCUCCACCAAUUCAUCCUCCUGGAAUGAGAGCAGAACUGAAUGUAGGACUAAAGGAGGAGACCUGGUUAAGAUAGACAGCGAAGAAGAGCAGAAUUUCUUGAGGAAAAAUGUUCAACAAAAAAUGGAGCUACAUGACAUCCCUUUCUGGAUCGGACUGACAGACUUAGCAGAAGAGGGCAGAUGGUUGUGGGUGGAUGGCUCCCCACUAAAUGAAAGUUUGACAUUUUGGAAGUUUUUUGAGCCCGAUGAUUGGAAAGGGAAAGAUCCUGAUGGAGAGGACUGUGGGAGGAUGGGGCCAGUGUAUUGGUAUGAUAAUUCCUGCAAAAGAUCUCGUAGAAGUAUUUGUGAGAAAUCAGCAGUGGCUGUGUGUGUCUAAAAUUCAGUUCACCAUAAAAAAAAAAACAGUGGAAGUAAAGGACGCAUUGAGACAAAUUUUCUAAAGCUAAUGCUGCAAACAUUUAAAGCUUCCAUUCAGAAAUGUUUAAAGAAAAAAAAAUGUGUAUGUGUCUAAAAUUCAGGUCAGCAUGUAUUUUUUUUUUAAACAACUUGAGUAGAGUAUGUAAAGCUCAUACCACAAACAUUUAAAGCUGCCUUUCAGAAAUGCUCAAUAUAGAAAAAAAUCU